CCUCAACGCGCAGAAAUUUCGUGAAGCUCCUGCCUGACAUAGUUCUCUAUAUACUCUAUGCUAACAUUUUUUGUCACAGCUGGUUAACGACAGCGAAACAUCAUGACGGAUAGUGAUAAGAAACCGAUGUCACGCUUACUGAAGCUCGCUAAUAAAUUUAAUUGCUUCUACCUGUCAGGUUUCCAUGCAGGUGAAUGCAGGGCUUUUGUUGUUGAUGGACAACAAGUUGGUCUUGUACGUCCAGAUGUUAUGAAAGAAUUGUUAAAUCAUCCUCAGGUAUUUCAAGUACACCCUGAAUAUGUGCAACUAAAUCCUGCAUUUCGAGAUUAUUCAGAGAGAAGUGCUCGGGUUGAAGAAGUAUUAAGAGAAUGGCGCGCAGGUGAGAAAUUUGUAACAUUAAGGGGAUGGAGGGAAGAAUGUUACGAAGUACGUGCACAGUUCAACACUCCACCAUUAUUUAAGAUGGAUCGAUCAGCCACAUGCUUAUUUGGAAUUCGAAAAUAUGGUGUAGAUAUUAAUGGAUAUGUUAUGGAUCCUGUCAAAGGAUUAUCAAUAUGGUUACAAAAACGUAGUCCAAAUAAGCAAACUUGGCCCGGAUAUUGGGAUAAUAUGGUGAGCGGUGGGUUAAGUGUCGGUUAUGGAAUUAAUGAAACUGCUAUAAAAGAGGCUGGAGAAGAAGCCAGUAUUCCAAAUAAUCUAAUUGCUAAACUAAAAAGUGCUGGUUGUGUAUCACUCUUCUUUGAAAGUGAAAGGGGCUUAUUUCCCAAUACAGAAUUUGUAUACGACCUUGAACUACCGCCAGAUUUUGUACCGAGUAACAAUGACGGAGAAGUAGAGACUUUUGAAUUGCUUCCAGUUAACGAAUGCUUAGAAAGGAUAUUAUCUUCACAUUUUAAAACAACAUCUGUACCAGUUGCUCUUGACUUUUUAAUUAGACACGGAUAUAUCACAGCCGAAAAUGAGCCUAAUUUUAUAGAAAUCGUGGAAUUGCUUCAUGUACCUCUGCAAACGAUGUACAAUCAAUCGCAGAAGAAAUGUAAAAUAUCUUCAAACGGCGAAGCGAUUGAACCUUUAGAGAGAAUUUAAGUUUGACUAGUCUUUAACUUAAAUCGUGUUGGAAUUAACUGAAUUGAACGGGGUUGAAUUUCUUUCAUAGUUUUCUCAUAUUUAGUCAAUUCUUCGCAGAUUUGAUAGUAAAAUGGUGCAGUUUUAUACUUGUAAGACCUGUAAGAUAAAUUACUAAAUAAUAGUUCAAGUAUUUCACGAAACAUUCUCAACUUUCUUACGAAAUUUCUUAUUUCAUAUACGAAAAUACGUAAUUACAAUAACUAUAAUUAACACCUUUUAUUUUGUUACAAUUCAGGUAGUUUUGAUGUAACGAUGAAAGUAUUCGGUAGAUACGAUUUUCGAAUAUCUAAUACAGCAAGAAUGUUUCAGAAAACGAGCAUAGUUAUCGUUUGCUUAAGAACAAUUUUAUAAAAAGUGAUGUACAAUUUAAUUUGCGGACCCUAAGGAAUUAAUUGAUUGUAAAAUUCACAUAUAACAUGUAAAAAUAAUGAUGUAUUCUUUAGGUAAUUUUAAACGAAUUCAAUUUAUACACAUAACGUUUGAACGUUUUUAAAUUUCUAUUGUAUCUUCCUUUUUUUUUUGAUUACUACGAAAACGUUGAACUGAAUUUUGCACAAUAAUCUAACGAAGUUCUUGCCGAUUGUACGAGCGUAUCCAAGUGGAACGACUUUUGAUAUACAUCGAUGUCAAAUUAGAAGUAUUAUUAAUACAGCAUUCCAGAGUAUAGGUUUACUACUAAGAUUUCAGUUUUAAGCGAUGAGAAAAAAUAAUAAUAAUAAUAAUAACAAUAGUUUUUUCUAACGUUUGUACUAAACUUGUACACUUAACAAUGGAGUGCAUAGUACCACGGCAGUAAUAUCCUAAUAUUCUGCGUAGGAUUAAGGUGAAAAAAAAAAAAAAAAAAAUCUCAUUCACAGUAUUAUGAACGUGAAUGCACAGUAUACUGUUUGAUAUGUUUAAAAAAAGAAAAAGACAAAAAACAAAAAAUUUAUAGACGAAUUUAUGUCAACGUAUGUGUUCUAUAAUCCAGCUAUUGCUACCAACGAAAAAUGCUUAGACCUAGCAUUUUCACUUGAUGACUUUUGUGAGGAAGGGAACAAGUGUUCGUAUCGUUUAGUAUAUGUGAUGUAGGUAGAUUUUUUAAUUAAAAAAAUGACGAUUGAUAUUGCAGUUCUAAUCAAGCGAUAUCAUCAAAUUGCAAAGGUGGUGAUUGUAUAAACAGCAAACACAAAAAUACUUGGAAGCGUUUCAUCCUUUUCAGCAAAAAUUGUUUCUUCACUGUGUUUCUUUCUAUACAAUUAAUUCCUCUGUUAAUAUCUGACUCUUUUUUAGGAGUUCACGACUGUUGAAUAUUUAUACAAUGCUUUGUAUCGCUUACAUUGUAUAUGCCUUCAAGCGAAGUAACUUUUAUUUUAAUACUAAUCAAGUGUCUGUAAGGCUGAGAGGUAUUAGAUGUGUUGGUAUCAAGUUAUCAAAGCUGUUAUGAAAACAGUCCGUUUUGGAAUCAACAUUACAAUCAUUGUAACUGAAAUCUGCAUUGUGUAGAGGUGUGUGAGAAGCCGAAAAUGGCGGAUCAGUUAGGGUUAGGUGGAGAAUAUGUUUUAAAGAUCAAAAGUAUUCCACGAAAGCUCAGGAUUUCUAAGAAUUUCGAGGCUAAAAAUCAGAAGGUCCAAAAUUCUCAGGGAUCCUGAUAUCUUCAACACCUGAGAAUAUUUUUGGGACUCGACCCAACCAUUCCUGACCUAACCUGACUCGACCCUACCAUCAAGUUCCCGCCAUUUUCAGGACUUUUUUACAGAACUUUUCAUAAUUCUACCGAGACUAGAAUGUUUACAAUAGCAUAUCUCAUUAAUGUAAAUGCUUCUUUCGUUGCUACUUUCGUUUUUUCAUUUCAUACCCGAAUCAUAAGUGAGAUUGAAGCAGCCUAAAUAUACUCUUAACAUUAUGUAGUUUUAUUUGAACUAACACAAGGCGUUAAAUAAGUUUACUACUUUUGUAACGUAACAUUGUAAUUUAAUACUAGUCAUACUCGUCGCCUUAUUAUUUUAACUUUAAUCUGGUCAAUCAAAUUUAGUAUCUACAAUAUGUUUAAGCGAUAAACUAACAAUUUCAUGAUAUAACUGUUUUGUGAUAGUAAUGGGUAAGGUUGGUCAUACCGUUUAAUGCAUGAAUCAAUAUCGUCAACGAAUAAAUUUCAUCAAAUUUAUAAUCGUUUGUGUUAAUGGUACCUCGACAAGUAUCAUUUCGCUCAGCUCAGUAUGAUUAAUCAUUGUAUGAUCAGUAUAGGAAUAUUAUGGUUCAUAUGUUUCUAUUUUCUUUUAACAAUACUAACGAUUCAAGUAAAACUUCCAUAGUCAUUUUCAUGUAUUGUAUAAACGUUGUACUUAAUUUUCAUGGUUGUUUGCAGAAACUGAAUUACUAUGUAUUCUUUACUGUAAGAUAUUAUUAUAUAAUCAUUGAACAAAAAAAAGAGACGUAUCAGUUGCAAAGAUGUAUUAACUCAAUAAAUAAAGUUCAGAUGC